AUGGCGUCCAACACUCUCCUCAGUGCCGCCCAGUGGGCUGGCGCAACGAGCUCCUUGCUGCUUCGACUGUCCGCCUUCAUAUUUCUCCGAUGGCCCUUCCCACCGAUCGUAUACUCCCUCUUUGCUGUCUACAUCCCGUCUUUCUACUACGCUUUCACCCAUACUUCGCCUUUCAACAUCAUCUCAGAUCGAGUCUACGUGACCGAACAGGAUACCUCGCCUCAAGACCUACAAGAUGUUGAUCCUCGAUACGUCGAUGAGCCGGGCAUGGAUGCAGGCAAAGAGCUGGUCGUGGAGGAGGAGAUCGAAGUAGAAGAGAAGGAUGCACACGCUAUUUUGACUCUACUCACGGGUCUGCCGAGUCCAACGAGUCUGGUUUGGAGUGCCAUAACGUUCUUCAUCAACGCAGCACUCGUGGCCAUGGUCGUUGACCUGGUCUGGAGGGCACACUUCUUCCAUCCCGCCCAUGACCUUUCCAUGGCACGAGUAGGCUACGUCUCCCACGAUACCGCCAAUAUUCUCGUCCGCGAGCCGGACAUAUCUCAACUGCCUAUCUUCGCGUCAUACCGAUCAGCCGAAACGCCAUCUCAUUUGGACGAUUCGUGGAAAUCUGCUGGCAGUGUUUCCGACCUCUCUAACCUCACAGACUUCACCUCUACCUUCAAGCUCACCAAGCUCAAACCCGACACUCGCUAUGAGUAUACCAUUUCGACCGACCACUUUGGGACAUUCACCACUCCACCUCGUCCAGGUCAGAUCUCUGAUCGUCCUGAGAAGUCGAAUACCUUCACGUUCCUCCACUCCUCGUGCAUCAAACCCAACUUUCCAUAUACGCCAUUCUCCCAUCCUCUCUCGAUCCGCGGUCUCAAACACCUUUCCGCACUACUUCCAACUCUAUCCGCCCAGUUCAUGCUCUUCCUUGGUGACUUUAUCUACAUCGACGUGCCCCACCGCAAAGGCUCAACUCCCUUCCACUACCGACAAGAAUACCGACAAGUGUACGCCUCCCCGGACUGGCCCGCUGCCACACAAAACCUCCCUUGGCUACACGUCUACGAUGACCACGAAAUCGCCAACGACUGGGAUCAGUCCACCUCUGCCCCAUUUCCCGCCGCCAAUGAUCCCUACGCCCUGUACCACACCUCCGUCAACCCACCACCUCACCGCCCCGGCGGUGAUAACUCCUACUUCUCCUUCAUCCAAGGUCCCGCGUCCUUCUUCCUGGCCGACACCCGCCGCUACCGUACUCCAUCCUCUCCCUCUAGCAACUCCACCCUCCUCGGCGAACCCCAACUCACUGACCUCCUCGCCUGGCUCGCUGCCCCAACCCCACCCGGCGUUCGCUGGAAAUUUUUCAUCACCUCCGUGCCCUUCACCCGCAACUGGCGCUUCGGCACAGAAGAUACAUGGGGCGGGUAUCUCUCCGAACGCCGCCGAAUCCUCGAAGCGAUGUGGGAUGUCGGCGAGAAGGGAGGCGUGGGCGUUGUUAUUUUGUCGGGCGAUAGACAUGAAUUCGCAGCCACAUCGUUCCCGCCUCCGCCAGGAGGAAAGUGGGGUCAGGAAGCGAGAGUGGUGGAGUUUAGUGUGAGUCCGUUGAGUAUGUUCUACUUGCCCGUGAGAACAUAUUCGGAGACGCCGCUGUCCUUCCUGCCUUCCUUCUUGAGCUCUAAAUCUGGCUCGCCAAUGUCGUCGACCGGAGUGGAAGGAGAAGACGACUACGAAACAGAUAUUUGUCUCAAGUACCUCCCAGAUGGAAACAGCAAAUUCUCCGCUGUGAGUCUGGAAGCUCCUGGCCCGGAUGGUGCGGGCAGAGAAGGCGAGGGCCAGGCUGUGUUGCGGUAUCGAUUGUUCGUGGAGGGGAAGGAGACGUGGCGGUACACUCUUACGACGCCGGAGGGUGGACAGGGACAUGUGAAAGGGAGGGGGAGGGCUUGGGAUGCUGUGUGGGGAUGA